AUGAGGGCGAGGAAGGGGAGGAUGAAGAAGACGGGGACGACGAUGGGUGCAACGAUGGCGAUGGUGAUGGUAGUGAUGAUGAUGAUGACGAUGAUGGAAGUGAACGAGUCAAGUUGUGUCAGGCUGGUCAUACCCAACACUGUCAGGCUACGGGGAGGCGCAGAGCAAGAGCCGGGGUACGAUCCUUUCGGUGAUUCCAAUCAGUUCUCGAUUGAGGAUUGGAACGUGGGGGGGAGCGACCCUGAGAUCGAGGUGCGAGACUCCGAUGAAGACUUUCAGACUGCAUACCGUUGUAUGCAUGACGGUCAGGAUUACUCGGUGAAGACUGUGAGCAAGGAAUCUGUCGAGACCAUACAAGACUUCCUGGCCUUUCCUUUCGAUGAGAAGAGCGUGGAAUUCUUGGAGAAGAGGCUGACUUUCAGAGGUCUGAUGGAGAUCAUCAAUGGCAAGGUAGGAGCACAGAUCAGCCCAAACAUCUCGCACCUGAAGGCUGUCAGGUGCCUUGAGAAGAUCAUGAGGUCGUUCAACGACAGCAAGAGCAUCGAGCUCUUCUUCAAAAAGUUUUCAAUCUCUCUCAGCUACUUAGCAUCGACGCUCAAGAAUGCGUUGAGGACUGUUGACCACCCUGGCGACUUCUAUGUCCUCAGCUGUUUGACCCGUCUAACUGAUGAACACGCUCAGCCCCUGCUUGUGGAGCAUGAGUUGCUCGUAGACGUCUUGAAGGGUCUUUGGAACAAGAACAGCGACACCAUUGUGAAAGUCUACGAAGUUAUGAUCAAAUUCUUCUCCACGGAUUUCGGGUUGGCCCAGAUAAAGGAAGAGAGUUGUCUUCAAAUAAUCCAGCAGGCCUUACAGGAUGACAAGUCGCAAGUCAGAAUGCGAGCGCUCGAGCUUCUCUUGAGGACGGUGAACAUAAGUCAGAAAGCUCAAGCCGCCUUCCGGGGCCUCAACCUUCAAUCCAUCUUGAUCGAGAGCUUCAACCAUCCCGACGACGUGCUUGUUCUCAACGCCAUUGAGCUCGCUUGGUUCUGCCCCAUCGAAUCUCUACCGAUAGAGGCGAUCUAUAUGUUCUUGGACGAUGCAAUCCUGGCGUGGGAGAAGAGGAAGGAGAGCGAAGACACCAUCCCCUAUGUCAGCUUGCUGCACGAGGAGAGGCUAAGAGCUGUGGCGAGGCAUUGGGCCCUGCAGGACGAGUCCAUCCCUCCCUUCAUGGUCAACCAGCUCGAGCUACACCUCUUGGACCUCACCAAUCGGCAAGAAACAGGCCCCGUGGCCUUGGCUAUCUCCACUUGUGCGAUGCUGUGCAGUACGAAGCGGGGAGUGAAGGUGUUCGAGGAAAUGCAGCUGUCGUUUGAAAUCACGCAGAACUUGCCGCAUUUUGCCUCGAGCACGAGAGAAGAUCUCUUCCUUGCUGCAAUCGUCCUCACGGAGAAUUUGAUUCUCAAUGCAAACCUCGAUAGCCGGUUAGAAAACGCUUUCAAGCAUUCUCAGGAUAACGUGCAGGGGUUGUUGAAGGAGGAGUUCCAGGAUCUUCCAUCUUGGUUGAUAGACUUGAUCAUGACAAUGCGGAAGCGAUUGUUCUACCUUGCAAACGUCCCUUUUCAUGAGCAGCGGAUCACAACCCUCUCGCUCAUGGAGAAACUCGCCCGCACUCCCACGGGUGCAAACAUUCUCCUACAAGAUGUACAGAUGAUCGACCUGCUCUUCGCACGCAACAAGAUCGGAUUCGUCGACGAGAACGAGGCAGACGCGAUCGAGUCAAAGCACAAGCUGGCAAGGAGCCUCUUGCUCCAUCCGGAGAUCGUCAAGAGUCGCUGCAGCCCGGAUGCUGUGCAGGCCCUGACGCUGCUCGUGGAGAACGGGCCCUUCUCUCCUGUCUACCUUAAGAACGCAUCCCUUGUCAGCAGGGCAGUUCCAAUCGUAGCGACAACGGCUGCAACGGCAGAACUGGUCAGGCAUCCGAGGAUCUGGCGCACGCUCAUGAGGACCUUGUUCAAUGCGACACUGACUAGACCGCAAGACUGCUUGUCCGUGAGUGGAGCAUGCUUCAUCCACUCCAUCUGGUCAAAGCGAAACCGCCAGAGGUCGCUCAAGGUGAAGGCAGAGUCCUCGAAGCUCAGCAGAUCCCUUCCCCGCACAAGCACCACUGUCAAGAACAGCGACGACCAACAGGCCAGCGCCGCUGAGGCGGCAAGGAACGGGAGAGGAGACCAAAUGCCGAGCAAUCCGGGAGCAAGCAGACCGGCGACUGCGUUGCCAAAUCUGCGAAGCAUCUGCCCCCUUCCUUGCCAGCUCCUGUAUUGCGAAGGGGGAGCGAUCUGCUGGAUGGCAUCAUUGACGAGAUACGUCCAGAGGUCGUUCAAUACUUGGAAAAUCAACUGGAACGAUACAGCAAUGGCGAGGACGGGAGUCGUGAACAAGAAAACCACUCCAGAAAUCAGGAUCAUGACAGACACGACAGAGACGAUAGGCUUCAAGGGAUAUUGCUCUCUUGCCCCAUGCUCGAAUGGAUGA